CAACGGUCAUGACCCAGUAGGUCAACAUGCACGCGAUAUGGCUGUGCAGUUUGGAGCGCGACUUGAUGCUGGCCAAGACGGUCGAGGGGAACCGCGCAACCAACAUGCGCCCCCAGACCUCGGAAGGGGACAUUCGGCCCGUCAGCAGCGGGGGGGUCAAGUCCAGCGCCAGCACGAGGAAACUGCGGCCACUUGAGUCGACAACUGACGAGGCAAAGAAGAGGAAGCAAGCCGAAGGCCACGCUUGUUGGGUGGCAUGGUGUGAGCAAAAGGACCAACGGAGGAGGGCAGAGUUGGAGUCGUCGUCGAAACACUCGACACAUCAGCACAAACACGACGAUCGGCGAGGGACGUCGUCCCAAGGAGUGGACGCAUUCUUUGCCACGUGGAAGCGGGCCAAGUGGAAACAAAAACAAGAGCGCCUGGAAGCCAAGGAAAAACAACAGCAGCAUGAACUUGAACUGCUGGAAAAAUUCAACGCCGAGAAGCGCGCACUGGUGCAAGAGCGUCAGGCGGCAUUGGCCAAGUUGACGACGACGAAGAAGAAGCGGAAACCCAAAAAGAGACAUGUCGUCGUGCCCCCGCCCGUGAGCUUCCACAAACUGAUGGCGGUGGAGGUCAUGUCGCAGUCGUUCCAAGCAGAGAUCGAAGCGCGGAUGCAGCAUCAACUCGACUUGCAGGACAAAGAAGCCUCCCGCAACACCUUUCGCGAUGAAAUAGCGUCCAAAGAAUCAAAGCGAUUUCAGGCCAAGAUCCACUCUACCCACGCCCACCGCGCUGAUUCGCUCGAGCAACUCCGCCACUGGGCCAAACCCACCCCCGAGAUCUACGUCCUCGCAUCCCUUUUGUACAAACUUGUGGCUCUCGAGACGCCGUCGGCCAUCCAGAUCGUCGACGUGUGGCGGUGGCUGCCGUGGUCCAUCCUUCAAACGGUUUUUCGCAACGACUUGGUGCAGACGUUGCAAGCGGUGCCCAUCGCCGAUCUCGCACCUCGUUCGCUAGCCGUCCUCUACCUGCAUUGCGCGCAACCGCGCUUUACCGCAAACUCGAUCGACGAGCGGUCCGCCGUCGGCACCGCCCUUCGCAUGUGGGUCAACAACGUCGCCGCCGUGCACGACCUCGUCGACCCAGCUACGUUGCAUGUCAAGGGCAUCGACAGCCUCAAGUCCUGCGGCGUCUCAUGCCGCGACAUCGGCGCAUUGGUCCUCCUAUUACACGUGUACCCGCACAUUAAUUUCAAAUUGAAAGACUGCAGCGCGUACACUGACAAGAUGGCUAUGGUGCGCCACGAAGAUCUCGCGCUCCUGCGAGAACUCUACGCGACCCAGCCCCCCCCCGGUCCAUCCCACACAGACACCAUGACGAAAUUGUGCGCCGACCAUACCCCCGCGUCGGCCUUGAUCAACCUACUCGACCUACCAGACUUCAACCGAAAAGCCCCCAAGUCUCGAUCGAAACUCGCCGCCCGACUCGCCGCGCGCUUGCACGAACGACACGACAUGGAUGAAUCGAUCCCAUUGCCGAAAGACAAAGGGGGCCCCCUUCACGAAGACUUUGUUGUCGUGUACAAGCUAACGAUGCCCGCGAAACAAGAGAAGGACGCGCUGAACCCCAUCAACUACAUUCAGCAAAAGCGACGUGACUCGACCAUCAAGCAGGCAUCUCCAUGGACGGUCAAGCCUUCCCGAAGCACGAGUCACCUUCCAAAAAAGGUGGUCAGUACUUGCCCUUUGAUACGUCCGACAGGCAGCGUAAAAGCGUCGGCGGUGGACCCAUCCCCCUUCGCCCCCAAGGUGUCAAAGGCAAACUGCCAUCCUAUCACGACCUUGGAGCAACAUGCAGAAUCCGAUGCUGCGACUGACGACCGCGACGUGACUUCUCCUGGUGUGAGCAGCCAAGAAACGUCCGAGCAGCUACACCCAGCCACACACAACCAGUUCUCCAGCCUCAACUUGAACGAAUCUGUCCAUGGGGAUUCUGCGUUGGCCCCUCUCGACCAAGUCGCUACAGCCAAAGAAAUAACACAUGACCUUCCCACCACGACAACUUCUAUUCAUGAUGAUGACCCCAACACCGCUACUAGUAUGUCGUUGGAGGACGACAUCGAGAGGCUUCUUACUCCUGUGGACCCAGCGAAUUGGUCGGACGAUGGCGAGGCAGCGUACGAUCGUCUCGAUGUCUCUGCCAUGCCCGACCCUCAUCUCGAUGAAGACGACACAUGUGACAACAUCAUCGAUGACGACGACGCCACUCGAUCUUCGUCGUCCGUUGAUGGGGACGGCGACCGAUACAACCACGACGAGUUUGAAGCACCGACCACUUCGAACGUGGACUAAUUAUAAUAAUCAUGUGCAGUCACAACGUUAGUUGGAUUGGA